CCCCCCCCCCCCCCCCCCCCUCCCACGCCCCCUCCCCCCAUCCCCCCCCCCCCCCCCCCCUCCCACUCCCCCCCCCUCCCCCCCCCCGCUUCCCCCCCCCCUUUCCCCACCUCUUCUCUCCACCCCCUCCUUCACCCACCUCCCCCCCUCCCCCCCCCUCCACAAUCCCCCCCCCCCUUCCCCCCUCACCCCCCCCCCCCACCACCCACCCCCCCCCCCCUCCCCCCCCCCCCCCCCCCGUCCCUUCCCCCUCCCCCCCCCCCUUCCCCCCCCCCUCCCCCCCCCCCCCCCCCCCUUUUCCCCCCCCCCCACCCUCCUCCCCCCCCCCACCCAUUUCCCCCACCACCCCCUCCCCCCCCCUCGCCCCCCCCCUUCCCCCCACCCCCUCCCCCAUCCCCCCCCCCCCCUCCCGCCCCCCCCCCCCCCCCCCCUCCCCCCACCCCCCCCCCCCUUUCACCCCCCCCCCCGCCCACCCCCCCCCCCCCACCUCCCCCCCCCCGCUUCCCCCCUCCCCCACCCCCUCUCCCCCCGUCCCCCCCCCUUUUCCCCCCCACCCCCCCCCCCCCCCCACCCCCCCCCCCCCCCCCCCCCCCCCCCCCAUCCCCCCCCCCCCACCCCCUCCCCCGUCCCCCCCCCCCGCCACCCCCCCCGCCCCCCGCACCCUCACCUUUCCGCCCCCUCCCUCCCCCACCCCCCCCUCCCUUUCCCCCAACCCCCCCACCCCCCCCUCCCCCCCCACCCCCCCCCCCCCCCCUCACCCUCCCGCCCCCCCCCCCCACCACACCCCCCCCCACCCCCUCCCUCCAUCCCCCGCCCCCCCCACCCCCGCCCCCACCCCCCCCCCCACACCCACCCCCCCCCCCCCCCCUCCCCCCCCCCCCCCCGCCCCCACCCCCCCCUCCCCCCCUUUCUCCCCCCCCUCCACCCCUACCCCCCCCCGCUCCUCCCCCCCCCUCCCCUCCACACCCCCCCACCCAUUAUCCCUACCCCCCCCGCCCUCCCACUCCUCCCCCCCCCCCACCCACCCCCCCCCCUCCCCCCCCACUCCGCCCACCCCCCCCUCCCCCCCCCCCUCCCCCUCCCCCCCCUCCCCCGCCCCUACCCCCCCUCCUCAUCCCACCCCCUCCCUCCCCCCCCCCCUCCCCCCCCCCCCCUCCUUCGCCCCCCUCCCCCCCUCCUCCCCCUCCUUUUCUCCACCUUUCCCGCCCCCCCCCCCCCCCCCCCCCUCCCCCCCUUCCCACCCUCCACCCCCCUCCCCCACCACCCCCCCCUCCCCCUCCCCCCCACCCUCUCCCCCCCCCCCCCCCCUCCCCUCCCCCCACCCCCCCUCCCCACCCCCCCCAUUCCCCAUCCACCUCCCCACCCCCACCGUUCCCCCACAUUCCCCCCCCCCCCCCCUCCCCCCCCCCCCCACAUCCCGUUCCCCCUCCCCCACCACCUCCACCCCCCCCUCCCCCACCACCCCACCCCCCCCCUCCCCCCCCCACCUCCCCCCCUUAUCCACCCCCACCCCCCCCACCCUCCCCACCCCCCCCCCCUCCCCCCCCCCCUCCCCCCCCUCCCCCCCCCCCCCCCCCUCCCCCGUCCUCGCCCCCCCUCCGCCCACCCCCUCACCCCCACCCCACCCCUCCCCCCUCCCCCCCCCCCACCCCUCUCACUUCCCCCUAACCACCUCUCCUCCCCCCCCUCCUCUUACCCACCCCCCCUCCCCCCCCCCCUCCCCACCCACCCCCCUCUCCCCCCCCCACUUCCCCCCCUUCCCCCCCCCCCCCUACCCUCCCCUCUCCCCCCACACCCUUCCGUCCCCGCCAACCCUCCCCUCCUCCCUCCCUUCCUCCCCCCACCCCCCCCUCCCCCCCCACUCCCUCCAGCCCGCCCACCCCCCCAUCCCCCCCUCCGCCCCUCCUCCCCUCCCCCCCCCCCCCACCCCCCCUCUCCCCCCCCCCCCCACCCCUACCCCUUCCCCCCCGUUCCCCCACCCUCCCCCCCUCCCUUCCCCCCGAACCCCCUUCCCCCCCCCCCCCCCCUAUUCCCACCCCACCUCCACCCCCCCCCCUAACACCCCCUUCCCCCCUCCUCCCCUCCACUCACUCCCUCCCCCCCCACCCCCCUCCUCCCCCCCCUCCCCCUCCCGCCUCCCCCCUUCCUCCCCCCCCCGCGCUUUACCCCCCCUCCGCCUUCCCUCCCCCCCCCCCCCCCCCACCCCCACCCCCACCCCCCCCCCCCCCCCCCCCCCCCCCAAUUCCCCCCCUUCCCCCUCCCACCUCCCCCUUCCCCCCGCCCCCCUCCCCACCCUUUCCCCCCCCCCCUCCCCCAUCCCCUCCCCUCCCCCCCCCUCCCCCCCACCCCGCUUUUCCCCCACCUCCACCCCCUUCUCCCCCCCUAACCCCCCCCCCCCCCCCUCCCCCCACCCCCCUCCCCCCCCCCCCCCCCUCCUCCCCCCCGACACCCCCCCCCGUCCCCCCCUCACCCCCCCCCCCCCCACCCCCCCCCCCCCCACCCCCCUUCCCCCUCCCCUCCCCCGCUCCCCCUCUUAAAUCCCCCCCACACCCCCCCCUACCCCCCUUCCCGCCCCACCCUCCCAAUCCCCCCCCCCCCCCCCCCCCUCCCCCCCCCCCCUCUUUCCCACCUCCUCCCCCUUCCCCCCCCCCCCCCCCACCCCCCCCCCCCCCCCCCCCUCCCUCUCCCCCCCCCCCCCCCACCCUCCCCCCCUCCUACCCCCCAUUCUCCCCACUCCCUCCCCCCCCCCCCCCGCCACCACCUCUCCCCCACCCCCCCUCCCCCCCCCCCCCCCCCCCCCGACCCCCCCCGCCACCCCCCCCACCUCCCCUCCCUCCCCCCCCUCCCAGUCCUCCCCCCCUUCCCCCCCCUCCUCCUCCCCCCCCCACCACCCCCCUCCCCCCGCCCCCCCCCCCCCCCCCACUCCCCCCCUCGCCCCCCCCCCCCCCCCCCCCUCCCCCCCCUCCCCCCCCCCCCCUCCCCCACCCCUUCCCCCCCCCCCCACCCCCACCCCCCCCCCCGCCCCUCUCCCCCCAUCACUCCCCCCCCCCUCCACCACCCCCCCCCCCCCCCCCCCCACUCCCCCCCCCCCCUGCCCCUCCCCUUCCGCCCCCCCCUCCCUCCCCCCCCCCCCCCCCCCAUCCCCCUUCCCCCUUUCCCCCAUCCCCCCUCCCUCUUCCCAUUAUCCCCGCUCCUCCUCUCCCCCCCCACCCUCCCCCCCCCCCCCACUCCCAUCCCACUACAUCCUCGCCCCCACCCCCCAUUCCUCCCCUCCCCCCCCCCCCCCCUCCCCCCCCCCACUCACCACCCCCCUCUCUCCCCCCUUAUCCCCUUCCCCCCACCCCCCCCCCCCCCUCCCUCCUUCCCCCAACCUUUCCCCCCUCCCCUUUCCCACCUCUCCCCCUCCGCCCCCCCCCUCCUCCCUCACCCCCCCCUCCCCCCCCACACCCUCCGCCCAACCCCCUCCCCCCCUGUCCCCCCCCCCCCCCACCCCCACCCCUCCCUCCUGCCCCUCCCCCGCCCCCCCCC